AGGUAGUAUGUUUUAUUGUAAGUAAAGAUAAUGUGUUUUGUCAACUUAAAGUUAAGCCCAGUUUACAGCAUUUGAUAUUAAGCGUAACUAUUUUAGUAAUUUUUUUUUCUCAAAACAAAGGUGUAUUUUUUAAUCUUAAGCUUUGCGUAAUUUUACAUGAAAGCUUAUUGCGAAAUGUUAUUAUUACUCUUUUGAUGAAUUUGAAUUGGAUUUCCAACUGAUAAAUAACUUGUAAAAUCUUGAUGCAUAGCGGUUGCACCACUCGCUUCUGAAUGGACUUUUGUUGUACAUGAGAUUAAGAAGAGGUUUGAUUGAUUCCCACUUAUCUGGCAUGAAGCCACCAACGAGUAGAUGCGUGUCGAAAUAAUCGCCGAACGAAGAUGGCCGAAUUUUGUCAGCAUUCCAAUUGAUACGAUCGAUCCGCUUGAAUCCUUCGUCCGACACCUUGUACACAUAAUCCUGUGAAUUUUGGCUGAUCCAUUGAGCUACGCGGAUGCUCACCAAUUUCUGAUCCAGGUACCAAUCCUCAGAGGCGAAUAUUACGCGAUUCUGGACUCGUUCACCAAAGAACUGCUGGAAAUAAUUCAGAAUACUUGCCGAGUCAUUUGCAGAAGACGAGUUGAUAUUGAUUAUUUCUUUCCAGGUAGUUGCGCUAGCUCUUAUAUGACUCAUUGGCAGCAUUGGAUAGGAUUUUCCAUUGAAAGUGAAGGGCUCGCAACAUUGGCUGUGCACGAGAAUCAAUGGCCGAUCGAUCCCUGGAGGAAAUGCCUUCAUGUUGGCCACAAAGAUCCUGGCCGUCUGGCUGAGCAUCAUUCGAUUUUCCACUUUGGCCGGGAUGAAGAUCACCGUAGCAUCCGAUUGACUCUCCAGGUGAUCGAGGACGUAGGACAGAAUUGGGUGGACCCGCCACUCACUUUUCUCGCCGAUGAUCAGGACGAUGCUUUCGAAACCGAUCCUCUGCCACGCCAGAACAGUUAAAGGAAGUGAUUGACGAAUUUAAAAAGGCAAUCUAUGUCGAUCGCCGAAUGCUAUUAAUUAAAAAGACACUGAUUGCUAAUCAUUCCAGACACAUCAAUUCGACUUGUAAUGAACAUGCGGAUUUGAGAGGCCCCCAUCAAAAAGUGAUUGCUUAUUCCCUUUACGGCAAUUUGACUCAGCCGAAUGUAAAUCGGAGGUACUUGAAACCUCUGGUGGAAACAGCCGAAACGAUCCUCCGCGUUUACCCAGGAUGGAAUAUAAGGAUCUAUCACAAUUUAACGAGUCACGAUGAAUCCUGGCGACUUUUUCGAAAAACUUUUCAGGAAGCCGGAAGCCACAUCGAUUUGUGCAAUGCGACGCAAAUUAUCCAGGAUCACAAACUGGGGAAAAUAUUCUCCAUGACAUGGCGCUGGUUGCCUUUGCUGGAUGACUUGGUGGACACGUUCAUGUCGAGAGAUGCCGACAGUCCGAUAAUACGCCGGGAGGAAGAUGCCGUUCGUGAGUGGUUGUCUGGCGAUAGAAUCUUUCACGUUAUGAGAGAUCACCCCAAGCACUGCGUUUCAAUUCUAGGAGGUUUGUGGGGAGUCAAACUUGAUCACGAACGUUUCAAAAUCACCAAUGCGGCAAAGAGAAUGUUGAAGAAGAAUCAUUUGCACACCUACGAUUACGACCAGACUUUGCUCUCAAGACACAUUUGGCCUAUAGCCAGAACUAAUGUGGUGGCUCACGAUAGUUACUGCUGUCAAUACUUUCCUCCUGCCCGACCAUUUCCAACACUCAGAAUAGGUGGUGGUUUCGUUGGAAUGGUGGGCGAUUUGCCAGCCAAUGACAAUUCCACAGCUGCUGAAUGCCCGCAGCAGUGUCGUCCGAAAAACGCGUCAUCUGAGUGGCGGUAUUGUUGAAAGUUUAACCGCGAUGGAUUCCGUGAAUGAACAGCUCUAUACAGUAAAUCAUAGUCGUGAUAUUUGUAUACAGUGUGUGUGUGUAUGUGUACAGUCAUCACGCCAUCAUAAAAUUUAGCCAAGUA